AUGACGCCCUUCGUCGUCCUUUCCCUCUUGCUUACCCUGCUGCCCUCGAGCCAGGCUGAUUCGACAUUUUCCCCUGCUCGUCCCCCGGCCCAGCCUCUGGCUGUCAAGUCUCCUUACCUGAGCGCUUGGCAGACUGCUGGUAGCGACGGUGGUAAUGGCGGUAUUCUUACUGGUCAAUGGCCUACUUUCUGGGCCGGCGCCACUCUUGGAUGGGCUGGCCUCAUCAGCGUCGAUGGCACUGUCUACUCAUGGAUGGGAAAUCCUGUCGACUUCCCCACUGCUGACCAAGUCUCCUACAACUACACCAGCUCUUCGAGCACCUUCGUUCUCUCUGUCGACAGUGCAGUCCAGGUCACUGCCACCUUCUUGUCCCCUAUUACCCCAGAUGAUUUCAAACGCCAGUCCUUGAUUUUCUCCUACCUUAACGUAGAUGUUGUCUCUUUGGACGGCAACAGCCACAAUGUCUCCCUGUACACCGAUAUCUCUGCCGAAUGGGUUUCUGGUGACCGCUCCGCUCUUGUUCAGUGGGAACACGACACUAGCGGUGACGUUGCGUACCACAAGAUCUAUCGCCAGACUCAGCUUGCCUUCUCCGAGGUCAACGACCAGACCGAGUACGGUAACUGGUGGUACUCGGCUACAUCCGACGAUGGAUACAGCUACCAAUCCGGUGCUGACGUCGACGUGCGCGCCCAGUUUGGAAACCAGAGCAGCCUUUCCAACUCUGAUGAUACCAGCUACCGUGCUAUCAACGACAACUGGCCCGUUUUCGCCCACGCUUUUGACCUUGGCAGCGUCGACACCACUUCCACCUCCCGUGUUUUCACCGUCGGUCUCACCCAGGAGGAUGCUAUCCAGUUCCUCGGUGCCGACGGUAUCCAGGCUCUUCCUUCUCUCUGGACUCAGUACUUUGACGAUGACGUCUCUGCCGUUGUCUUCGUCCAGGGUGACUACGAAGGAGCCAGCGCCGCCGCCGCUGCUCUUGACUCCAAGGUGCAGUCUGAUGCCUCUGCCAUCAGCGAUGACUACGCUACUAUUGCUACUCUGGCUCUUCGUCAGGCCUUUGGUGGUGUCCAGCUCGUUGGCACCAACGACACUCAUUACCUUUUCCUCAAGGAAAUCUCUUCGGACGGCAACAUCCAGACCGUGGACGUUAUUUUCCCGUCUCACCCCGCCUUCGUUUACACCAACCCAGAACUGAUGAAGAUGAUGCUCGAGCCUUUGUUUGUCAACCAGGAGGCUGGCCAGUACCCCAACAGCUGGUCGAUGCACGAUCUUGGUUCUCACUACCCUAACGCUACCGGUCACACCGACGGAUCUGACGAGCAGAUGCCAUUGGAGGAAUGCGGUGACAUGCUUAUCAUGUCUCUCGAGUACUACUUGGCUUCCAACGACUCCACCUUCCUCAAGGAUCACUACAAGCUCCUCGACCAGUGGACUCAAUACCUGAUCGCCGAAUCUCUUUACCCAGCCAACCAAAUCUCCACCGAUGAUUUCGCUGGUCCUCUUGGAAACCAAACCAACCUUGCCCUCAAGGGUAUGAUUGGUAUCCAGGCCAUGUCUGUUAUCGCCAACUUGACUGGUGACACCGCCACUGGAGCCAACUACAGCUCCAUUGCCAGUGACUACAUCACCCAAUGGCAGACUCUUGGCUUCAACAACGACGACAGCCCCGCUCACGCCACACUCAACUACGGCAACGAGAGCACAUGGGGUCUUCUGUACAACUUGUACGGUGAUAAGGCCCUUGGCUUGAACUUCGUGCCCCAGUCCGUCUACGACACCCAGAGCGCCUUCUACCCUACUGUCAACGCCACCUACGGUGUCCCAUUGGAUACUCGUCACACAUUGACCAAGAGUGACUGGGAAUCCUGGAUUGCCUCUGUCUGUGACGACACCGUGCGCGACAUGAUCUACAGCUCGCUCGCCUACUGGAUUAACAACACCCCUACCAACCACCCCAUGGGCGACUUGUUCGACACCGUGACCGGCGACUAUGUCAGCCCCCAGUUCAUCAACCGACCUGUCAUGGGCGGUGUCUUUGCCCAGCUUGUUCUUGGUUUGGGUCUUUCUGCCUCUACUGCCACUCUGGCCGCUUAG